AUGGCUUUUGCCCGGCCAUAUAUACCUCUGCGGAGGUCAUUAUGUCAGUUGUCAUCUCGGACCUGCCGCACUCCUGCUCGUGACCUUCGAGGAUCGUUUCGCAGAUAUUCGUCGGAACAAAAGCCCCCGGAUUCUAAGCAAUUUACCGUGUGGAGGCCGUAUUUGCGGUUGGCAAUUGGAGUGCCAUUUAUCGGCGCUAUAGUAUACUCCAUGAUGACCGGCGAGGUAACCGAAUUCGACUCUCCGUCUAUCGUGGAACUCGACGAGACCUUGAAGAAACAAGCUGCGAUUGGCGAAACGUCGCCGAUGCGCCUGCGCAUGGAGAAAUUGAUCAAGGACCACCAGCAGAAGAUCAUCGAGGAGCUCAGCAGGAUAGACGGCAAGGAAUUCAAAACCGAUACCUGGUCGCGCCCCAACGGAGGUGGUGGUAUCUCCUGUGUUCUCCAGGAUGGCAAUGUCUUCGAGAAAGCCGGUGUCAACGUCUCGAUCGUGUACGGUGAACUACCUCGACCAGCCAUCGAGAAGAUGCGGGCCGAUCACAAAUCAUUCGUGGGCGCAGACGUGGAUUCUCUGAGUUUCUUCGCCGCCGGUCUUUCUCUGGUCCUGCAUCCCCACAAUCCCAUGGCCCCCACCGUCCAUCUCAACUACCGAUACUUUGAGACUUCCGAUCCCAAAGACCCUAUCAAUGGUGACAAGAACUGGUGGUUCGGAGGUGGUACGGAUCUGACCCCGUCCUACCUGUUUCCCGAGGACGUCAAACAUUUCCACCAGACUAUCAAGAACGCCUGUGACAGACAUGACGCAACGUACUAUCCCCGGUUCAAGGCAUGGUGCGAUAAGUACUUUUACAUUCCUCACCGUGGCGAGUCCCGGGGUGUCGGCGGUAUUUUCUUCGACGAUCUCGAUGCCAGCUCUUUGGAAUCUUCUUCGGCCUCCUCCCAAAAUCCCCAAGAGACCCAUUUCGCCUUUGUCUCCGACGGUCUCGCCUCCUUCCUCCCUUCAUAUAUCCCAAUCAUUGAACGACGAAAGGAUAUGCCCUUCACCCCCGCUCAGAAGGAGUGGCAACAGCUCCGGCGAGGUCGCUACGUAGAAUUCAACCUCGUCUAUGAUCGCGGUACGAGCUUCGGCCUUCGUACUCCCAAUGCCCGCAUUGAGAGUAUUCUGAUGAGUCUGCCCCGUACAGCCAGCUGGGCCUACAUGGAUCCGGUAUCUGGAACCCGGACCGAGAAAAUGCCCACUGGUGAGGAAGAGCAGCUGGGAGAAGACAAAGCCAGUGAAAAAGAGCUGAUAGAUGUUUUGAAGCAUCCAAGGCAAUGGGUUUAA